GUUUUCUUUUCUCUAUCGGGCGUAGGCUUCGUAGUGAAAAAAAAAGGUGUUGCGACUAGGUUCAAAAAAGGAUGAUGCAUCAUCAAGCCUCGUUUGCGAACCUCGCAAGAAGUCUUGAUGGCGUUAUGGCUGAAAAGGGUGCACUUCUAUCGUGCCGAGAUGCCGCGGCAUUUGAAAUGCUUUUGCGUCUCAAUACGAACCAAUAUUCUAAACGCUUCAUAAUUGCAAAUUUGACCACACACGAAGCCCAAGGAGGAUUGAGUAAUGGUGUCGAGAGGCUGUUGUUUGUGCGAAACAUCGCAAAUGCAGAAAAUGAAAUUCAGGCUUGGCUUAAUCCCUUCUCCUCAAUUUCAAAAGGCGACACAUCGGAAAAAAGGAAGCGUAUUAGAGAAGAAACGGAAACCAGUAGUACCGAUGACGACGAUAAUAGUUCGUCCUCCUCUUGAAGGAUUCUACUCAAGAGAUGUUAUUCUAAGGAGAACGCGCAAAAAAAAAA